AUGGACUCAAGAGCUGUGUUUCUCUCAGUAUGGAUGUUGCUGUCGUCCACCUCCACUGGAAUCAAACUAGAUGGGAAUGGAUACGUUGAUAUUGUCAUUGCAAUCGGUUCGGCAGUACCAGAGGACAAGACACUCGUUGACAAAAUAAAGGACAUGGUUACUAAAGGUUCUGAAUAUCUUUUUCAAGCUUUGGAUCAAAAGGUUUAUUUCAAAGAAGUUGCUAUAUUAGUUCCAGCCCAAUGGAAUAGUAAGGAUUUUGAUAGAGCAAGAACAGAAUCUUUUGAAAAGGCCAAAAUAAGAAUUGAUCAACAGAAUCCAGCAUAUGGUGAUGGUCCCUACACUAGACAGUAUGGAGAAUGUGGAUCUGAGAGUCAGUACAUUCAUUUCACUCCAAAUUUCCUCCUAGACGACAGUCUCACUCAACCUUAUGGGUCAAGAGGUAGGGUUUUCGUGCAUGAAUGGGCUCAUCUGAGAUGGGGAGUGUUUGAUGAAUACAGUGAAGAAAAUCCGUUUUAUCUUUCUUAUGGCCACUAUGACGCUACAAGGUGUAGCAAAGACAUAACAGGUGUGUUUUAUGACAAGACUACUGGAUCAAAUAGUUGCAGCAUUGAUCCACAAACUUCACUCCCUACCAAGGAUUGCCAGUUUGUGCCGAACAAAGAGCAGAACACAAACAGCUCAAUAAUGUACAUACAAAGCUUAGAUUCUGUGAGUGCAUUUUGUAAAGAACAUGAGCACAAUAUUUUUGCCCCAAACAUGCAAAAUAAAAAAUGUGACAACAAAGCGACAUGGACGGUAAUAUUUGAGGAUUCUGUGGACAGCGGCGCCCUUCGUUCUCUAAAACCCCUGCAAACCCCUCCACCAGCUCCAUCUUUCAAAGUUGUGCAGAGGAUGAGUCGGGUUGUUUGUCUUGUGCUUGAUGUCUCAGGAAGCAUGCACGGCUCUAGAAUUCUUCGACAGCAGCAAGCCGUCACACUUUUCCUCCGGAACAUCAUUGAGGAUCAAGCCAGUGUGGGAAUUGUGACCUUUAGUUCUAAUGCUAAUACUCUUAGCAGCUUGACUCUUAUUGACAGUGAGACCACAAGAGAGAAUCUCAUCAAAAAGUUGCCAAGUACUGCAAAUGGUGGCACAUACAUCUGUAAAGGCCUCAAUGAAGGCUUAGAGGUACUUACAAAGGACAAUUUGGAUGUUGUAGGAGAUGAAAUAAUUUUUCUGACAGAUGGUGAGGCAUCAGACAAUCUUAAUGAUUGUGUUCCAACUGCAAUACAAAGUGGUGCCAUUAUUCAUACAAUAGCUUUGGGUCCCAGUGCAGAUGCUGCACUGAAGUUGAUGGCAGAAAGCACAGGGGGGAAAUUUAUCAUAGCCGGUGAUGAUCUUCUUUCUAAUCAGCUAGUGGAUGCAUUUGCUUCACUAACCAUAUCAAGUGGAGAUUACACAAAAGAACCAGUUCAGCUAGAGAGUGUUGGAAUAAAAACAGCUGAUUGGUUCAAUGGAACAGUAUCAGUGGAUCAGACUGUUGGGAACAAAACCAACUUUGUAUUAAUCUAUGAAACAAGUUUACCUAGUGUUUACAUACAGACACCAAGUGGCUCAAUUUACAAUCAAACAAAUAUGACUCAAAAUGCAUUGACAAAGACAGUCACUUUAAACAUUCCAGGGACUGCAGAGCCUGGAGAUUGGAAAUACAGUAUUUUAAGUGGAAAACUUCAGUCCUUGACUAUGACAGUAACAAGUCAAGCAGCUCGUGCUGAUGUUCCUCCGGUCAUUGUCAAAGCCCACAUGAACCAGCAGUUCAGUGACGGCAGUAAACCCAUGAUGGUGUUUGCUGAGGUUAGUCAGAAUUACAGGCCUGUAAUCAAUACUGAAGUGUGGGCAACACUGCAAUCAACAUCUGGGUUCAAACAAUCAUUACAACUCCUGGACAACGGAGCAGGAGCUGAUGCUUUCAAAGAUGAUGGCAUAUAUUCCAGAUAUUUCACACAGUUACAAAAUGGGAAGACCAGCUUGAAAGUAAGAGUGAAGAAUGAAGAUGUGCAAGCCAGAUUUUCUCUCCAAAGAACGGGUGGUGCUCUGUAUGUGCCUGGAUAUGUAGUGAAUGGUGUAGUGGAGCUGAACCCUCCAAAGCCUCCAAUUACUGAGCCAACAGUUACAGUAGGAAGCUUCACCAGAACAGCCACUGGAGAGAGUUUUGAGGUGUCUAUUCCUACAGGAACAACCCCACCAAAUUUCCCUCCAAACAAAAUCACAGAUCUGAUCGCUGAAAUCCAAGAGAACACUGUGUUUCUCAACUGGACGGCUCCUGGUGCGGAUCUUGACCAAGGAACAGUGAAAUCCUAUGAGAUCAGAUGGAGCGAUGACCUUGACAUGCUUCGAUUAAACUUCAGCAUUGCUUAUUUAGUCAACACAUCUGCUGUCUUGCCACAUGAGGCUGGAUCAGUUGAACAGCAUUCAUUCAUACCCAAUAUUACAAUCCAAAAUGGCACAAUACUGUUCUUUGCUGUACAGUCUGAGGAUGAAGAAACAAAAUCUGAAAUAUCUAACAUUGCUCAAGCAUCAAAGAUUAUCCUUAGUCCAAUUCCUGAGCCCGCAAAAACGUCAAACCCAGGCCUGAACGUGACAGCUAUUGUCAUCUCUGUUUGUGUUGUAACUAUGGCAGUAUGUGUUAUUGUUGCUGUAACCACAUGGGCAGUAAGACGAAGAAAACAUUAA